GGGCUGACGGGCCAAGAUACAUUCAUACAUCCACCGCUGACACCAGUCUUAGGGGGGCCAUGGGCCUUGUCGUCGGGUCCUGGUACACCACGUCGUACCCUUGUACAUGGCUGCUUAGAGGCCUGAGGACCCAUUUAACACCCCUGGAACCCUGUUCCUCGACGAACAUUUGUCAGAACUAAAUGUGAAGCAUCUGAGCUCAUAUAUGAGAAGUCGCUCAUCAGCCCUACACUUCCGUCGACCGCACUUAUGGUGUGUAGACAUAUCCCUCUCGACGGGCACGAACGGAAGUUCGGUGCGUUCAACUAUAGACAGACAGACAGACAGCAGCGGCAAAACAUCCAGGCGAUCAUUGCCGUAAAGUCAACUUACAGUACCUAGAAUUCCGCUUCACAAUCGACGAUCUUCGCAAUAGGUGAUGGGCAUGAGUCGAGACAGUGAGCAUACGGCAGGCAGCCUCAGCCGCCAAGGUUCCGCCGCCUCAUCGCCAGACGGAUCGGAACCUAAGGCCGCCAAUCGCUCAAAAGCAAAUAUACGAGUAUCGCUGGCUUGCGUCCAAUGCCGUAGCAAGCACGUAAAAUGUGACGCCACGCUACCCGCUUGCAACCGGUGUCAACAAGAAGACAAGCCAUGUUUCUACGCCAAAUCGAGACGAGGUAUUCGCGAUCCGAAAAAGAGGAGUCUAAUAUCAGACAAGCCACCGGCAACUUCAGCCGGGUCAUUUUUGCCUACCAAUUUCUCUUCCGGCUCUCCGUCGGUUCAGUCUCUCUCUCUCCAUGACUUACCAACCGGGUGGAGCGUCAACUCUGCCCCCUCCGCCGCAAGCUCAUCUAAAAACGAAAAAGAUUUAUUGAUCGACCUAUUCUACAAUCAUUUUCAUCCUAGUCACCCUUGCCUUCCACCGAAAAGAUUUUUUGGUAAUCAUGUCGAAGCAGACCCAGAUUCCUACCACUUCCUGCUUUCCGUCAUCAAUUUUUGCGGGUCGCUAUACUCGGAUUCGAUACCAUCGGAUGAUCUUAGAGAGGCAGCAUUCUCGGCAGCAUGUGCUUCAUUGCCUUUUACUGUACAAUCAGUACAGGGACUUCUCAUACUAAGCAUCGCAGCUUUCGGAGAAAUGAAAUUCGAACACCACACCGGAUGGGCUAACCGAGCCGCCACGAUAGCUGUUGAACUUGGGAUGAACCAGAAGACGUUCGCCGAUCGAACAACGGAUUCCGUGCUUGCGGAAAGCUACCGAAGGACGUGGUGGUGCCUGACUUUCCAAGACUCUACGCGACACCUGGGUGAUGUUGGAUCUACGCUCUCCAUCACAGACGUGGAUUCCGACGUGGACCUACCCUGUGAGGAAUGGGAGUACGAUUCAGGGAUUAUACCCCAACCCAUUUCUCAAUCGCAAUACGAGACGCAGGUCAACCUCGGGCAAUCCGACUUCUCCUCGAUGGCCUACCUCAUCGACAUCUGCAAGAUCCAGACCGACUUAGUCUUGCCGUACCACGAGGCCCCGGAAAAUAAAAAGGCAGAGAUAUUUGAGCGAGCGGAUUCUCGAAUCUGUGACUGGUUGCGACGGGUUCCUAAGUGGAAGAUGAAUUUAGUUGAUCCUGACGGCGUAGUCGAUGUAGUUCUUUACCACGGCAUCUCCAUUGCGCAUGUUAAUCGACUUCGGCUUCGACAAUCUGCACCAAGAAGCGGCCUCAACAUCCGGGAGUACUUCCCUCUAGGACCAGCAAAAGGACCGGAUCGUAAGGGGCAGAUGGUUAAGGGCUUCGGUUGGAAUUCUCACCCAAUCGACAUUCAGGCGGCCAACGGUUACUGUGACCUGUUCAGGCACCCCUUUCCCACCAAAACUUUGCGUGCAGUAUUCGCCGCUGGCACACUUCGAGUUAUUCUCGCCUACCUAGACGCAUGCGUAUUCCUCGGGCUGGACUCGCCUAUUUUCCGCGAACGCAUCAACAGGCUCACACAAAUCCUUACGGUGCACGGAGAAACAUGGCCCCUUUCACGGAAGAUCGCAGAGGACGUCAAGGCAGUUGCGAAAGAAUACCUCACACCACGAAUCAGUCAGAGUUGGCGGCCAGGCAUCUCGGAAUCGGAGGCAUGGACUACGGUCACAAGCUUACACGAGACGCCAAACCUCACUCCUAAUUUUGGCUUCGAGCCAUACCAACAGGUUUACCAAGUCGAAGGCUGGUCCAUGAACGACACUUGGUCUGCUAAUCUUACGGACAUAUACCAAGCAUGAACAUGAAUGACACUUGAUACCAGAUACGUAUGCUCUUAAACUAAGCAUAUUUGAUGAGGCGGGAUACGAUUGGGUUUUUUUUAUUCACCAUUGCAUGGAAUUGGAGCCCCCGGGAAUUGCUGGUGGUUAAGCAAUGAAUAAAGGGGCUACGGUAGCGACCCAGACACGAUUCCAGCCUAAACCAGGCGUUCUACAGUGGGCCGGAAUUAAGAUACCUACCUAAAAAAAUUAGGUGACAUUUACAAGGAAUUAGGGGAAAAGCAAACAAAAAGGGAGUGGGAGAGACGAAGACCCUUGUCGAGUUUCCCAGUAUACAAACCGAUAUUUUUACAGAUUCAUUGUAAUAAACAUUAACUGACACCUUACAUUAUACAUUACAUAACAUUAACUUCGAAAUGGAA